GCGAAGAAGAUCCGCACGAAGGUUCGCUUCUACCGGCCGAAGACCCUCAUCAAGGCGCGGGACCCGAAGUACCCGCGAAGGUCCGUGGAGAGUCGUGGCGACAAGCUCGAUAAAUACCGCAUCAUCCAGUGCCCGGUGACCACCGAGUCUGCCAUGAAGAAGAUCGAGGAGAUCAACACCUUGGUCUUCCUCGUCGACCUCAAGGCGACGAAGCCGAAGAUCAAAGAGGCCGUGAAGCAGCUCUACGAUGUGAAGUGCGCGAAGGUGAACACCCUCAUCCGCCCCGAUGGGAAGAAGAAGGCCUACGUGCGCCUCACCCAGGACUACGAUGCCCUGGAUGUGGCCAACCGAAUCGGUAUCAUCUGA